GCAUAACAUCUAUCAGAUAAAUUCUGUGGCCAUACAGAGUCGGUUACGCCCAGCGUAUCUGUGCGAUCUCGUAAAUUCUCGCGAGACUUGAAACGUCAACAAUGGCUGCCAUCGAAAGUGUCAACACGCCAACUGUCAUGUAAUUUUGACUGUCACAAUGAGUUGGUGGGAUGCUACUGGAUUCUCCAGCUUUGCGACUCAAGUCGUGAAAAACGCCCAGAAGAAAAUUGACAAAGUGCUUGAUAUAGAUGGCCUUAGUGAUUCACAGGUGCAAGUUUCUGCCACAGCAGUUCCUGCAUCAGUAGGUAAACCAAAGAGUGAAGAGAAAGACUUUUGGAAUGCUUGGCUACCUGCAGGCUCCACUAAAUCUAUUGAAGAAGCUGAAGAUAGUUCUGGGUCUGAAUCAAGGACUGGAAGAGAUUUGUCAAAGACAAGCAGUCCGGAGACAACACCAAGACAUUCCAGUCCAUACCAGUCGAAAUUUCCUGAACCAAGCAGUUUAGGAACAAAAAGCAAACCUGAUGUUAGUGAUGAUGCAGGGUCAGCUGAUGAUGCAAAGCAAGACAAAGAAGAGAAGAGUGUUAGUCAGGAGGAAUCGAGCAGCUGGAGCUUUGGCUGGAAUCUAGGAUCAGCAGAUGGAGAGGAUAAAGCAAAGCCCAAGAUAUCCUCGUGGUCAGAUUUUCCGAGUGGUAAAACUAGAGACAGAGGUGACAAGGGUCCAAACCGAGGAACUGGAAAGCAAAACAGGCCUGGAGCAAGAAACUCUCCGAGGACACCUCUGUCGUCUUCAAGUUCAGUGUCCAGUUCAGCUGAAACGGAAGUGCAGGAAAAAUCGGAACAUGAUGUGAGUCGGUUAGUGACGGCUAGUGAUUUGUCUGAUCUUCCUGGAACUGUGAAAACAGGUGAGGCAGAAGCUCGCUGUCAGAAAAAUGAGCUGGUGGUUGAUGAGUGUGUUGCCAGAGGAGAUGCUGUAGAAACACAUGAUACGCAUGAUGAUAAAACAACUGUGUGUAAAGAAUCUGAUCUCAUAGUGUGUCCUGAUUCCAAACAACCAGACGAGGAGGAGGAUCUGCUACUCAGAGCUGGUGAAGAUUCCAGAAGUGAAGAGAGAACAUCAGACUCGGGUGCUGACAGUGACUUCUUAAAUGUGAACUUAAAAGAUGAAUGUCCACAACAAGAAAAGGAAAGUUCUAGUUCCAAUUUGCCAGAGAACAUUAUAGAUUCCAAGACUGUGAUAGAUGAAACCUCCGCCAGCAUCAAGGAUUCUCAGAACAGUUUCUGUGACUUCUCGUUUGGUAGCAUUCCUGAUUCUUCAUCUGGAGAAAUGGUACGAUCCAGUAACAGCACCAUGGACGAUGCAUCAGGUGAAGGUGCAGCAUCUCAACAACCAGCUGAUGAUGAAUCUUUCCCCAUCUCAGACGCUCAACAGUUGCAAAUCCAAGUUGAUGCCACCGUCUCCAUGUCAACCUCAGAAUCAUCCAUCUUAACUCUGUCCAGUCCUGGUCAGGAUGAAUUACUACUGGAAGGACAGAAUUCCCAGGAGCCGAUAGUUCGGUCUGUGGAUUCGGAUUAUCUGAAUAUUUCAACUUCUGGUCCGGCUAUGAUUUCUGUUCAGAGUCUCAGUUCGGCACUGAGCACAGUCUCAAUCCAGAGCUUCAGUUCGGACCAGAGUGUCUCAUCAGUCAAAGAACUCGCCGAUGUUUCUGCAGAGCCUCGUUCUGCUGAUAAGGAAAUGUCCGAGCAGACAGACACGGACCACUCAAAUGAGAAUGAUUCCUCGGACACGAGCAAACUGGACAGUAGUAUGGACACGUGUACGUCUGGUGACACUGUCCUGGAGAAAGCUGACCACGAGGACAGCGGGGGCGAGAAUGAGAAGAGUAACGACAACUUGCCUUGUGUUUCGCUCAAUGGGUCUUACGUGAAGUGUAUGUUGGAAGAUGCUAUGGAGGAGAAACCAGAGGAUUCCUGCAGUGACCAUCACUCUACCGGAGAGAAAUCGGAGAGUUCCAAGUUCGAAUCUGAGGGUGACAAAAGCGUCAGUGGACACGAAUCGAGCGAUGACAUUGAAACAACCACAUCGUCCGACAUUGAGAUCAUAUCUACGCCAAACGGUGACUCGUAUGUGAAACCUUUCGAUUUGUCGCCAUUGAGAAUUGCACUGCAGAAGACUGCCAGUCACAGUGGACACCUGCACCGCCGGUCAGACAGCCAGUCGAGUGGCAGUACGUACAGCAAGGCUGGGGAGAGUGACCAGAUGAGUCCCGGGAGAGACAGUCUCGAGAGACAGGACCAGGAGUCAGGGGACGAAGACCGAAGUGGGCCCGAGCUCUGUGCCGUGCACGAGGAGUCCUCUGACAGCCCGUACCACCCACAGAAACUCUUACAGUGUGUUAAACGUCAACAGCGUGAAGAUAUCAUCAAGAAACUGGCCGAGAAGGAAGAGAUCCUGCAACACCGUGAACACCGGCUCGUCCAGCUGAGUAAAGAAAACAAUGACCUUCUCGAGGCCAACAGUAUUCUUAGAAAUCAACUGCAGCAGAUGGAGGAGCUGCGCGACUCGGAGAUGGCUGACCUGAACACGCUGACCGAGGAGUUCACCAAGAGACUGUCCGAGUCCGAACACAAAACACAGACGGUUCUCAGGGAAAAAGAGAGCAUCAAGCAGCAGUUAGAAACUACACAAAGAGAACUAACUAAAAGGUCGGCUGAUGUAAACUUGCACGCAGUCCUAGCAGAGAAGGAUGAAAUUAUAGCAGAACUUCGACAAGAAGGUGAGAAACUCUCCAAACAGCAGCUUCAGAGCAAUACAAUCAUCAAGAAACUGAGAGCAAAGGAGAAGGAGAACGACGCCCUUAUCACCGGCCAAAAAACAAAGCUGGAAACUCUAACCAAAGAGGUUGAACAUCUGAGGAAAGUUUGUUCCUCAAAAGAAGAUUUAGAAGUUAAACAGACUGAAGCAAUUAAUCAGCUGAAUCUGGCCAUUCAGAAACAGAUGAAAGAAACAGAAACACUGAAGGGUGAACUGGAAGAAGCGUACGACAAGGCUCGCAGUUUACAGGUCACGCUUGAUGGCUCUUACAAAGAGAUCGCUGAGUUACACCGGUUGAACGCAGCCCAGGACAGCAAGGCCCAGGAGGCGGCCCUGAGUGCGUCGCUCCACGUGCGCGAGGAACUCGAGAUGUCCCUCGAGAAGGAGAAGCAGCGCUUCAAGUAUGAGAAGGAGGCUCUGAUCGUGCAGAUCGAGGACCUGCGACUGGCCAUGACGCGCGCCGAGCGCGACCACAAUCGCAGAGAGGACAUGCUACGUCAGGAGAUCUCACACCUGCAACAGCAACUCCAAGAAGACGAAGCAAGAAACCAAGAGCUAGCACAGGCAGUUUCUUCUGCUACGAAGCCGCUGCUGCGUCAGAUCGAGAAUCUUCAGUCAACAUACUCCGCCCAGUCUCAGUCCUGGGAGAAAGUCGACAGAAGUCUCACAGAGCGACUCGGUGACGUUCAGAAUCAGCUGGCGUUUUCUGUGGAGAAGGAGAGAACGGCCAAUGAGAAUGUGAUGACUCUGACGACGCGCGUCACAGCACUCGACUCGCAGUGUUCUCGACUCAGACAGGAGAAAGCCCAGCUGUCGGCCCAGGCUGAGAUGGACAAGGCAAACAUCGAGAUGUUGGAGGAUGCCAAACACAGUGAGUUGGCUCAAGUUGAAGCAGUCAGAAACCAGAUGUCGAAGGAAAUGACUGAAGUGAAGAAACAAAAGGUAUUUCUUGAGACGCAGCUGGAAAUGGAGAAAACUAAACUGGAAUCUGAGAAGAGGAAAGUGACCAUUCUCGAGGAGCAGUUGAGGAUACUGGAGAAGGAACGUCCUCAGUCUCGUGGGACGCCGUCUCCUGUCUCUGUGUCCCGGACCGAGAGUGUGACCAGUCUCCACGACCAACCGUACUGGUUUACAACACUUCCACAGGAGGAGAUGCUGGAGAGAGGUCUGGUGCUGGGCUCGCCCAAUGGCAGCAAAGUGAACCUGUAUGAGAGUCUGAGACACAGUGGGGCGGCCACCAUCCUGGAGAACCUGCAGUCCCAGCUCAAACAGAGGGAGGGCGAGAUUGUCCAGCUUCAGAGUGAUAUUGCUGAUUUGGAGCGCACACGCGAGUCGAUGGCCAGAGAACUGGUCAGUUUGACCAAUCAGAAUGAAGAACUUAAAGAGCAGCUGCAGGAAGUUCCCGCCCUGCAGGAAAAACUGCAGGACAUCAACCAGCGGUACCAUGCGUUGCUCCAGAUGUACGGGGAGAAGGUGGAGCAGGCCGAAGAACUCAAGCUGGAUCUCGUGGACGUCAAGGAGAUGUACAAGGCUCAGAUCGAUCAGCUGUUGGCAAAGUGAGGGCCGGCCAGUUGGGGAUCUCAUAUCAAGAGAGUGCUAUAUCACCAUGCAAAGAAUUUCUGAGUUACAGGAACCAUGUUUGAAAAAUUUUAAAAUUACAAGAACAGUGUUAAGAGAAUUACUUGAAAUCAAAGCCAUACCUAGCCUGAAAUAACUUAGGCGGGAGAGGGCAGUAACAACUAAUUCAGAACCCUGUAAAGUAGGGUCUUCUCAAACAAAAACAUAAUACGCUCUGGGGUUUUUUUUGGGGAAGGGGCAACUGCCACCCCCUGCAGUGUAUGGUUCGGAUGAUUAACAUUUUUAUGGUAGCACUUUGGAAUAUAAAACGUUUUAGUACCAUAUAUGGACAAAGUUAAAUAUCACUGGUUCCUAGACCUUGUAAGAUCAUGGUCAACUAAAAGACAAGUUAUUUAGUUUUACAAUUUUCACGAUUACAAUGACUGGUGGAAAAAGCUAUUCAUUACUACACAAGGAGAGAGUGGGAUAUCAUUAGUUCUUGGAUCAUAUGGGACGAUGUUAACAAAUAGCAUUAUUUACGGUUACAAGCCAAAUUCAAAAUGAAGGGUAUAGGCCUAUUAAUUAAAAAAGACCCCACCUGAACUCCCCAACAAAAGACACUUAGGUAACCAAGCCAAGUUGUUGAGAAAAUAUUACCUGGAAAUGCUUCGACGUAUCUGGAUCUGAAUCGGUUGGUCAGUAACAUGUUUAACACAUCUGUUGUCACCAGGUCAUGAUCAUUUCAUGCUACGAUUUUUGCUGAGGUAGCCGAUUCACAGUAAUUUAAUGUUGUGAUGAAUUUCCUGAAUUACAGUAUGUUUUUUCUUGCCUCAUACUUGUUUCAUAGACGGACAUUUUUAACACCACAUUUUAACAGAUUGGAGUAUUGUUCGAGUGGUUGGCUUAUAGCACUGUAUUUAAUUGGUGUUUUAUCGGAAGAUAUACACAGGAUUUCUUGUAUUUCAGAUGACAAAAGACUGGAAUACUACUUAAGAAAGUAAACAAGUGAAAAUAAUAAUCAGCAAGAAUAGUGUUUAUAUUGUACCUACAUGUACUUAACAAGUGUGUACGUACGUUAAUAACCACAUAUGCAAGUGCUUAAAUGUUCACCGAUUUAAAAAAAAAAAUUGAAAUGAGAUAGAUCUUUAUAAAAGGACUCGUUUCAUAUUGGCACUGAUAAAUUUACAAGUACCGUAAUGUAUAGAGUUAUUUCUCUAGCUCAUUAUAGUGUUCACUUUUAAUAAUUACAAUUGUUCGUUGUCUGCUGAUUUUAUUAAAACCAAAUAACUCCUCUUGCUCACCAACAUCUAAUUACCAAAAAUAUUUGUAAAUGAUGUUAUUUUUUCUUUCAAAAAGGUAUUUGUACACGUCUAAAUCUAAUGAAUGUACUAUUAGAUGUCGGUGCAUGUGAGAUAUUAUUUUAUUUUUACAAUGUGCGAUGUGGGUAAUGUGAUGGUUUUUCUAUUUUACUAAGUAUUUUCACUUGUUCUGUGUCCACCUAAUACAAUGUGUUUAUUCUUCAAGUUAUUGUUAUGUUUGUGGGAUUAAUACAGUGUUAUUCUUGUAGUUGUUAGGUUUAUAGGAUCAUGUGUGUGACAGUAUCGUUCCUAGUAAACGAGGUUGAACAUUAUGCUGGGUGGUAACUGUCCAGUAAUUUUGUUAUAGUUUUUUUCAGUCACCAGUACCGAUGUGAAAACAUGGUUGAGACCGUAGAUUUAGAUUCAGUUUUUUUUGUUUUACUGUUUCAUCAGCAACUGUUCUGGAUUUUUAAUCUUCAAACUUCCGCAAAUGAAACAUUUGCUUUAACUUGUGAUAGGUUCUCAUUGUUAAAGCUUAUUUUCUGCUCUUCACAAUCGACUGUAAACUUAGUGUCAUUGGUCACAGAUCGGGAAAACUCUUUAACAGAAUAUUUAAGAGGAGAUUAUAUUAAUACAGGUAAACAUUUGUUUUUAUUCACGUCCCCAAUACUUACAACCAAAACCAUGUUUGUAUAUUAUAAAUGCAAGGGAUAUUUGUACAGUAUUGUAAUAGUACUGAAAUGCGUUUAGUUUUUAUAAAUAGCAUUCAGUUGUGACUAAUAGUAAAUACUAAGAGAAAUCGAUCAGCUGACAGAGCUAUUCUUGGUCUUGUGCUAUAUGCAGAUUCUGUUAAACAAUAUUUUACAUUAUUCCUUCAGUCUGGUGACAUCCAUAAAUGUACACUGGAAAAUCUUAUUCAGUGUCCACAGUCUUUCAGUGUACAUAAUUAAGAAUGUGUGUCGUUAUAUUUUUUAUUUAUUCUGCCUAUAAGUUUUUAUGUGAUAUAUCAUGUGUGGGAAAUUAUGUUUGCAAAUUCUAUACAAUAUGAAAUAUUGUAAUGGGGGAAAUAAACCAUAAUAGAACCUUU